CCGAUAUCUUACAUCAACGACCCUGCACCACAACGACAAUGAAGGCUUUGAUCUACAAUGGCAUCGGCAAGUACAAGGUCGUCGACAAACCCGAUCCCAAAGUAGAAGCGGGCACCGAUGCCCUGGUUCGAAUGGUCCGGACCACUAUCUGCGGAUCAGACCUGCACAUUCUCAAAGGCGACGUCCCUACCGUGACGGACGGACGAACUCUGGGCCAUGAAGGCAUAGGUGUCAUCGAGGAGGCUGGCGCCGACGUCAAAAACUUCAAGAAGGGCGACCGAGUGGUGAUCAGAUGUAUCACCUGUUGUGCGACCUGUUCGUUCUGCAAGAGAGACAUGGCCUAUGCAUGCCGCAAUGACGGAGGCUGGAUCUUGGGCCAUACUUCAGAUGGAACGCAAGCGGAGAAAGUGCUCAUCAAGCAUGCCGAUUCAUCUUUAUUCAUGGUACCUGAAGGCGCAGACGAGCGAACACUUCUCGUCUUUUCCGAUAUUUUGCCGACCGGGCUCGAGGUCGGUGUGCUCCGUGGAAAAGUCACUCCUGGUAGCAGUGUCGCCAUCCUUGGAGCCGGUCCUGUUGGUCUUGCUGCUGGAAUCACAGCGCAGCUUUACUCACCUCGGGAGCUGGUGUUCUUUGACCUCGAUGACCACCGACUUUCGGUGGCCAAGAAGAUUGGUGCAACCCAUGUCUACAACACCACGGGAUGCAAGGACAUUAGGGCAUUGGCGAAGGACCAUAUCGGUGAGGCGGACGGCUUUGACGUCGUGAUCGAGGCGGUCGGGAUUCCCGCUACCUUCAACUUUUGCGAGGAUUUGGUGGGAGUUGGUGGCAACAUUGCCAACGUCGGAGUGCAUGGAAAGCCUGUUCAACUCAACAUUGAUAAGCUCUGGCCUAGAAGCAUCAACAUAUCCAUGGCCUUGGUUUCAGCUCACACUAUUCCUCGGCUCCUUGACCUCAUGGCAGCCGGAAAGUUGAAUGCAAGCGAUAUGGUGAGCCAUGACUUCAAGUUCUCCCAGAUCGAGGAAGCGUACGAUUUUUUUGGCCGCGCUGCGGAGACCAAGAGCUUGAAGGUCAACAUUGAAUACGAUUAG